AUGGCAAUACAAGCAAAGGGUACCAUGGAGGACAACUCGGACUUGGAUGAAGUUGAUGUUUUUAAUGCAAAUAGAUCAAAGGUAUUACUAGAUCAAGCGGGAGAGUAUGUUCAGGGUAGCGAAUCAGAAGACGAAGACUCACAGGAGGAAGUAAUGAGGUCAGACAGCGAUGAGGAAGAUGAAGAGGACGAAGAAGAAGAGAAUGAAGAAGAGGAAGAUGCUGACGAGUUUGAUGAGGAGAAAGGAUGGGGUGGCAAACAAAACUAUUAUGGUGGUGAUGAUGCCAGUGAUGAUGAGGAUUCAAAGCAAAUGACUGAGGAAGCAUUAAGACAACAGAGAAAACAUCUACAGGAUUUGGAAAUGGAUGAUUAUGUUGAUGAAGAGAUUCUAGAGGAUUGGCAAAAGAAAGCAGUUACUUUCGACACAAAGGAUAAUAACGGUUCUCAAGUUGUCAUUGACACAUCAACCAAUUUCGAAUCUCUUGAUGAUGCCGAGAGGUCAAAGUUGCUUAAGCAAUCUUUCCCGGAAUUCAUACCGUUGAUGAGAGAGUUGGAGGAGUUACAGCCAAAGCUUGAUGAGUUGAGGCAUUUGGAUCAGAAUGUAUGCACGAGGAUUAAAGUUGGUGCUUUGUCUGGGUAUCUUGCAUCGAUUACGUCCUAUAUGGCCAUUUUUGUUGACAAUCUUCGUAGCGGUGAAGGAUUUACAUCUAUGAAGGACCAUCCUGUAAUGGAGUCGAUUUUGAGUUCUAGGGAGGUGUGGAGGCAGGCAAAUGAACUCCCAUUAGAAAUUAAGGAAGAAACUGAAGAAAUUACAAAGGAGGUAAGUUCCAGCGAUAUAGAUGAAGAAGAUUUUGUUGACGCUAAGGAAGAACAAGAUGAUAGUCAAAGUAUCGAAGAUGUUGAGGAGGAGAAGGAGGAGGAAGAGAUGGAGAAAACACCCAAAAAGAGUCAUAAUAUUGAUAUACACAAGAAGAGAGUCAUCAGGCGGGUUCCCCAGUCAACUGGUGACGACUUCACCGAAGCUAACAUUGAUGACUUGGAUAUGGAAGAUAAGACACGUCGUAAAAAGACAUUAAGGUUCUAUACUGCCAAGAUUGAUAAAGCAGCAUCACAGAGGGAAAAGUAUACCUCGGGUGAUAUGGAUGUACCUUAUAAAGAGAGGCUAUAUGAAAGACAACAAAAGUUGAUUGAGGAAGCAAGAAAGAGAGGCCUCGAGAGUAAGGAUAUUGCCGAUGAUGAAAAUUAUCACGCAUGGGAUGAGGAUGACAACGAAUACUAUGACUCUCUUAAACAAAAUAAGGAACUAAAAUCGGCAAAUAGGAAACUAGCUCAUGCUGCAGCAGUCAAGGCAGCCAAGGAAGGUAAAUUGACUGAAUUACAGGAGGAAAUUGGACAAGAUGGUAAGAGAGCUAUCAACUACCAGAUUCUCAAAAAUAAAGGUCUCACUCCACAUCGUAAAAAGGAAUACAGAAACUCCAGGGUUAAAAAGAGAAAACAAUAUGAGGUUGCCAAGAAGAAGCUUAAAUCUGUUAGGCAAGUUUACGAUAGUGAAAAGACUAGAGGUCCUUAUGAGGGUGAAAAGACUGGUAUCAAGAAAGGAUUAUCGAGAUCAGUUAAACUUGUAUAG